AUGGGGCCCCCGCUAGACCCACCCGACCGCCUGCGGUCGGGGGUGGUGGCGGUGGUCAAGGAGCCCGCCAUCGACAGAGAGAAGGUCUGCCCUCUGCUGCUGCGCGUGUUCCCGCGCCUGGGCGCGCACCACCAGCUGGAGGACUUUGCGCGGCGCGGGGACGAGCCCAAGGACGAGGUACAGAUAUACACGUGGAUGGACGCCACGCUGCGCGAACUGUGUGACCUGGUCAAGGAGGUGCAGCCCGCGGCGCGGCGCCCCAUGGCCCGCCUCUCCUUCGCCUUUGUCUACCCCGACCGGCGCGGCAAGAAUGUGAUGCGGCAGGUGGGCCUGGUGCACUCCACGCGGCUCGGCGAGGACGACUCCAAGUCGCUCAAGCAGCUCAACUUCCAGACCGGCGACUUCCUGUCUGUUGCCAUCUACUGA